AUGCCUGAGAAGCCCCUCACAAUUGCAACCUACGCCGCAGGAGCCUCCCUCGCUGCCAUUACCCUGGUCUACGUCUUUGGCCCGACGUACUUUCUCGACGACGAUGCAAAUGCAGCUAGCAGUAAGAAGAAGGGCGUAGUGGGUCUCAGCAAUGCGGCCAACGACUGCUUCAUCAAUUCUGUGCUGCAGGCGCUUGCCGGCCUGCCAGACUUGCGCAUAUAUCUCAUACGAGAAACGCACAGGCGCAUGCUCGAUGGACCAGAAGUUUAUGAUGUGGACCCUGAAAGGUUGAAUGCCGAGACAGGGACCGCAAGGCCCGCAAAGCUACAGGGCCUGCAGAGAGGCAUUCUGACCCAUGGACUGAAGGACAUCCUCGACAAGCUUAACGAGCGGCCCAUAUACAAGAAGACCAUCUCUCCGCAACCCUUUAUUCGGUCGCUCGAGCAUGCAUUCGGCACCCGGAUCAGCCGGCAACAGCAGGAUGCGCAGGAAUUUCUCCAGAUAGUCACCGAGCGCCUAUGCGACGAGUACCACGCCGGCGGAAAGGCCAGGCGACAGGCUACGCGGUCAGGCAUCACCAUCACAACUGGGGACGGCGCAUCGGAAAGGAGAGAGGUCGAGCAACAGUUCGGCGCAGCACCGCCUGAAGGCUCUGGUAGUGAUGGUGUUGAGGAAGAGCUGGGAGAGGAUGAAGCACCUGCAGAUGAGGAAGGCUUUCCGUUCGAGGGCAAGAUCGAAUCACAGAUUGAGUGCGAGACAUGCCACUUCAAGCCGAAGCCUACCGUGUCGACCUUUGUCACCCUGACCCUGAACGUACCGCAAGCCUCUUCCACCUCUCUCAACGCCUGUCUUGACGGAAUGCUCAAGGUUGAAUACAUCGACGAUUUCAAGUGCGAGCGCUGUCGGCUAGAGCAUGCGCUGAGGAGCAAAGAUCAUCAGCUUUCGCGAACCACUGACCCAGAUGCACAGUCGCUUUUACAAUCAGACAUCGCCAAGAUCCGACAAGCGUUGGAGGAAGACCCUGAACAGCCGCCCGAAGGUGUCGAGCUUCCGGAUACAAGCCAAGCACCCAAGCGUCGCAUAUCCCGUCACAUGUACAUCUCGCAGUUCCCCAAGGUUCUUGCGAUACAUCUGUCGCGAUCAACAUUCGCCAUCGGUGCUGCCUCGACGAAGAAUAUGGCCAAGGUCGCCUUCCCUGAAGCUCUGCCUCUGGGUGGGCUAUUAAGUCGCAAAAACUACCGCCUUCUUGGAAUGGUCACACACAAGGGCAGUCACAACAGCGGUCACUAUGAAUCCUUCCGCCGUCAAGUGCAGCCUCUCCCAUUCUCCACAAAUGCGACGCUUGGUACUGAAGGCGCGUACAGUCGCCAAGCCAGUCCAUACCCGUCCGCAGCACCAUCAGUAGCACCUUCAGCUAUGCAAAGCCCGCGGAUCUCAGCACUUAAUCUCUCCAAUACCGUGGACCGCGGCUCACCAGUCCCAUCCACGCCCACACUGAACUCUCCUUCGACACGGUCGCUAUCUUCCCAAGAUACCAUACCUUCUUCGUCAAGAGGACCAGCGCCGACUUCCGCGCCGCGGAUGCAUGACUCUGAUCCACUGCAAACGAUCCCAUCCUCUACCGAGACAGGAACUGGCAGCGAUUCUUUGUCACGUACUAGGAGUGUCAGGUCGCUAAAGGAGCGCGCAUCAGAGAAAGCGUCGUCGAUAAAAGAGUCAAACCCUCUGCGACGAAAGUCGAAGAAGACAAGCAACAGGUGGUGGCGUAUAAGCGACGAUAAGAUCAAGGAGAGCAAGACGUCCGAAGUCUUGAACAUGCAGAAGGACGUAUACUUGUUGUUUUAUGAGCUGAACAAGGUUUGA